CGAAGUGCAACUUCUCUAGAUGUAGCUGUCGUGUGGCGGAGUUGCACAAAGCUUCUUUUCCAUCAGUCUAAAGAAAGUUCGCCCGGCUGCCAUGUGAUCCGUGUGCCGAACACCGACCAGAAUGUCAGCCGUCACCGUAGCCUGGUUCUCGCUCGAGUUGUCAGCAGAGUUUUAUCCGGUGAUCACGGAGUUUCUGUAGGGAGCAACAUGCGCUCCUUAACGGGACUGGCUGCCAUUGCCGGGGCGGCAAGUGUCUACCUCUACCUGCUGUCCACGCAUCUUCCCCCGGGACCCAAGCAGCUCCAGCCUGGCUCCCAGGGGGAGCACGAGGAGGUCCAGGAGUACAGGCUAAAGUUCCCAUCUGACCUGGACGAGCUACGGGAGCUCGCAGAGAUGCUCAAGUUUUACAAAAGACAACAUUACACCUAUGUUCUGCUGCUCUUCUGUAGCGCAUACCUGUACAAACAGUCUUUUGCCAUACCUGGCUCCUCCUUUCUGAACAUGUUAGCUGGUGCAAUAUUCGGGCCCUGGGAGGGUCUGGCGUUGGCCUGCAUGCUCGCCACCACAGGCUCCACUUUCUGCUUCCUGUUAUCUUCAGCAUUUGGAAAGCAGUAUGUGGUGUACCUCUUCCCUGAGAAGGUGGCCCUGCUGCAGAGGAAGGUGGAGGAAAACCGCAGCAGUUUGUUCUUUUUCCUCCUUUUCCUUCGUUUCUUCCCUAUGACUCCUAACUGGUUCCUUAACAUCACCUGUCCUGUCCUCAACAUCCCUAUGCCUAUUUUCUUUUUCUCCGUGUUCAUAGGUUUGAUCCCCUACAACUUCAUAUGUGUUCGCACCGGAGCCAUCCUCUCAGAGAUCUCCUCACUGGAUGACAUAUUCUCCUGGGGGACGCUGGCUCAGCUCCUCGCCAUCGCCCUCGUGGCCCUCGUGCCCGGAGCACUGAUUAAACACUACAGCAAAGGUCGCCUCAAAGUGGAUGGCAUGGACAGCAACGGAAUCAGUGAGACUGAUAUGAAGCAGGAACGGAAGAGGCGAUGACGGAGUGUGAGGUAAAAGAAGACCUAAAUGUAACUUAAUGUGAGAAGAAGUGAGGUGAGGAAAAACUGACCGCUGGUUGGCAUGUGACCUUUUGACGACUCCAGAUUUCUGUAAGGUCACGCCAGAGAGUUAUCAUACCUACAGUACGAUCUGUUCUGAACUUGGCUUCUGAUCAUGUUACACCAAGUUUUAAUACUGCAGGUUCCCCAAAGGUUUGGGGUAAGUUUUCUGAGAUGGGGCUGGAAAUUUUUUGGGCUCCUUUGUUACAGCAAUACAGAGGCAUUUAAAUGCCCUAAAACAAUAAACUUAUUAUUUAAAUAAAUACGCUGUAAUGAUCUGCACCUAAUGUCUUAAUUAAACAGGACAGGACUGGCAUUUUUAUAAGGCUUUAAUGUUACUCAAUUUCUCUUCUAUCAGCAGUCCAAAAUCUAGAAAUGUUCAGAUUAUUAAUCAAACAUUAUGAACAAAAGCAGCAUGUCAGAGCAUGUGAGAAGGUAAAACAAUCAUAUGUUUGAAAAAUAUUUUACCUUAAAAAUAGCUGCGGGUUUAUUUUUUCAAAUUUACCUUGUUUCAUGCCAUUUUUUUAACCCUGCGUAAUGACCCUGAGAACUUUUUGAACUUAACCAUCUACCAAUCCCAAUCUAAAUCCUAAAACAAACAAAACAUAAUUGAAAUUGAACAUGCAGUCUCAGUGUUUCUUAUGGAUAUGAUGAUUAUGAGUGUUUGUCAUACUGUGAGUGAAACGUCUUCAAGCAACUUAAAGAAGUCCAGAUGCUUUUCUUUCCAAGCUCUUUAGACUAGGAUGACCUGGAUGACUGAGAACCUUCACAGACACUGUGAGUUUCCUUUCUGGGCAAACUGAAGGGUGUCUGAUAUACAACAUCUUGGUGUUCUUUAAAAAAUAUAAUCGAAUUUAGUGCCUUAAAAUUACUUUUUUACAUUUACAUUUUUUACAAGUUUCCAUUGGCUGCUAUUCGGGGUUUGUCUCUCUGAUCUGGAUUUUGUGUGCAGAAGGCUGUCUUGGUGGAAAAUACACACAAAAUAUGUAUGGUAGAUUUACACUGAAAAUCCUACCUAGCUAUUUUUGUUUUAACUUUAACACGUUAGAUC